AUGUUGAGUAUGUUCUGUAGGACCCCAGUUGUAUCAAGAACCUUGCAGCAACAAGGUAGUCGUGCAUUUACCAAUACAGCUUACAGAGCCCUGCCACAUCGUAAGGACAAUCUCACUGCUGAUGAACAAACAGAGCAAAAGAAUUUUGAUGAUAACCAGGCAAGAUUAGAGGAGAUGGAGCACUCUCGCACCAAGGACGUCGACUACACCCAUCAAAGAAGCGAAGCAGAACUUAGGAAGAUAGGUGAAGAUGCUCAAGUCGAACAGAACAGACCCGAUGACGGUGUUUAUUAA